AUGGCUGACAGAAGGCUUCUCAGGGCUGCACGGGAUGAAAAUAUACAGAGUUUACAGGAACUGCUGACUGCCGGAGAGUGCGACAUCAAUGUCCAGAGCAAGAAUGGGUGGACAUCACUUCACUGGGCUGCCUGGUGCGGCCACACGCAAUGUGUCCAGCUUCUCCUCCAACACGGGGCUGAUACCAAUAUACAGGAUGAUAAUGGGUGUACACCACUUAAAUGGGCUGCCUGGUGCGGCCACACGCAAUGUGUCCAGCUUCUCCUCCAACACGGGGCUGAUACCAUUAUACAGACUGAGGAAGGGAGGACACCACUUCACUGCGCUGUCAUGUUCGGCCGAACACAACACGGGGCGGAUACCAGUAUACAGUCUGAGUGGAGAAAGACACCAAGAUUUGUGGCAGAGGACGAAAAACAAGCUGCCCUAGUAGAGCUGUUGAGGCGAUUUGAAAUACCAGAUAUACAGGUAUACAUGUAG